AUGGCUACGAAAUCAGCGCCGCGAUCCCCAACCAGCGGCCAAAGGCCAUCAAGCGUGUUGGGAGCGACAGGCACCUAUCAGGAAACCCCGCAUGCUAGUGUGUCACGACCACAUAGCCCACCAUUCUCUGCCUACCUUCAGCUCGUCGCUUUUACUGCCACCAUCACGGUUUCCGUUUCCAUCUCGGCUAGCCAAGGAUUUGCUACGGGAGGCAACUUCUUCGGUGUUCCCCUGACUAAUGAGACUGAUCCAACCAUAACGACCGCCAUUCGAGCCACUGCAGACGCUGCGUAUUGGCUUUCAUGGGCAGCAGCAGCAUCUUCGGUCUCAUUGAUGAUCGCACUCAUGUUACAGCUGAUGCAAACAGAUGAGAUGUUUCUGGAUGCUCUAGAAAGGACAGAAGGGGGCCAGAGUCUGAACCUCCCAAGAGUAGUUGUGGGAUCUGGGAGCUGGGUCGCUCUCUUGUUGCAAGCAAGCGCAUUAGCCUUUAUAGGGCAAGCUCUGAGGGCAAUUAACAACAAUAGUGGGAGUAUGAUACAGUGGGCAUUACUUGCCGUGGGGACAAUUUUCGUGUUCUUUUACCUACACACCAUCAAGUUCUGGAAGACGGUCAAGAAGUUCAUUUCAGGAUAUCAGACUUGAAGCGGCAGGAAUUGUUCUUGUCUUGAAGUCAAAGCUUUAUUUUCAAAUGGUUCAAGAGGGAAACUGCAUCGAGGAUUGUAGAGGAUGACGUUGGAAUAUUGACGGCAGAAAGGUGGAUUUGGAAGGUGGUCUGGG